AUGGUGAAAGUACGUCAUUGGAGUCGGCCACAGCCUUUUCAAGCUGAAGUUACUGAAAAAGAUCUGAAAUUGGUCGAAGAGGAUAUCUCAGAAGAUCUCCAACCAGGAGAAGUUCUUUUGGAAUCUGUUUACCUUACUGUUGAUCCAUACAUGCGUGUUCAUGGCGAGCCUAUGGGUGAGCACAAAACUAUGUUUGGUGAAGCAUGUUUGAAAGUUAUCCGAACACGAAAUGGAGAAUUUCCACUUGGAACGCUUGCUCUAGCGUUCAGCGGUUGGCGAACUCAUUAUUUGUCCAAGGAUGGAAAAGAUCUUCGACCAAUUCCGUUCGAUUUAGGUUCGCUUUCGCCUUCAGUUACACUAGGUGUACUGGGAAUGCCUGGGUUAACUGCCUAUUUUGGUUUUCGUUUAUUGGAACCUAAAGCCGGUGAAGUCUGUGUUGUUAAUGGAGCUGCUGGAGCGGUUGGUUCGAUAGUUGGUCAACUAGCUAAACAUAAAGGUUUGACUGUUAUUGGUUUUGCUGGUUCGGACGAGAAAUGUCAAUGGUUAACAAAGGAAUUGAAAUUUGAUUAUGCUUUCAAUUAUAAAAAAAUUUCACUCGAAAAUGCUCUCAAAACAGCAGCACCGAAAGGCGUGGAUGUAUUUUUCGAUAAUGUUGGCGGCGAAUUCUUUCAUCAGAUGAUCACAAAACACAUGGCACAUGGUGGACGUAUCAGUAUAUGUGGUUCGAUAUCGAACUAUAACGAUACUGAAAAACAAAAAUUUCCUCAAAUUAAUAUGGAUGUUCUUAUGAAUGAAUUGACUAUUCGCGGUUUUAACAUUCUUACCUAUGCUAAAGAAUUUCAAACGGCUUGGAAUGAAAUGGUGCCAUUAGUUAAGACGGGUGAAUUGAAAUUCAAAGAAACUGUAUUUGAUGGUUUUGACAAGAUGCCAAACGCUUUUGUUGGACUAUUUAAAGGAGAAAACACGGGCAAAGCAAUUGUCAAAGCAAGCAAUUAUCCAUGA